UCUUUCAUCGUUCUUUCACUUCUCUCUUUGGGGGUUUCUUUAUUUCCAGAAGGAACACCAAGAAGGCCUCUCUUGGUUAUGGCCGCCUGAAUCUUGUUCUAUAAAAUCUCCUCUUUCUCUCUCUACAUAUCUAUGUAUCUAUGUAUUUAUGUAUGCACGUGUAUCUUUAUCUGUUGAUUUCUCGAUGAUCUGAAAAGGGAGGAAAUUCUUAUCAUGGAGAAGAAUGAAGAAUCAGGUAGCCCUGGUUGGAGUACUUCAUUCUUCAUGCAGACUACAGAGGAUGUUGCAAGAGCUGUUGCUGCUGCAGCGGCAGCUGCCACAGCUGUUCGUUCAUCACGACCAUCUGUGGUAUUUUCAUCGAAAGAUGAUAACAGUAGUAGCCAACUCCGGAAACUUCAGCACCAAGUUUCUAGAGUACUGAAAGGCUUCUCACAAGCUCCUGAAGUGAAAUGCGUAACUUACAACCCAGAGCUACUAACUAGCCAAAAGCGUCAAUGGGCAAACUUUCAAUUGCAAUCCCUGGAUCAUAGACCUUUGAAAGAACCAUCAAGGCUAUUUGAGAGCAUGGUAGUUGUUGGACUUCAUCCUAAUUGUGAUAUUCAGGCACUUCAAAAACAGUACUUUGCAAGGAAGUCUGAAGGUUCAGGGAGAUUUCUAAGUGCACUUAGUGGUCAACAUCAAUCGCGAAUAGAACCGAGCCUUGAACCGCAGGUCCUAUUUGUUUACCCACCUGAAAAACAGCUGCCACUUAAAUAUAAGGAUCUCCUUUCAUUUUGCUUUCCUGGUGGUGUAGAGGUUCACGCAGUUGAGAGAACUCCAUCAAUGAGUGAGUUGAAUGAAAUACUUCUUGGGCAGGAACACCUUAAACAAAGUGACCUGUCGUUUGUAUUCCGGUUGCAGGUUGCCGAUGAUUCGACUUUGUAUGGUUGCUGUGUUUUUGUCGAAGAAAUAGUGCAAAAACCGUCCAGCUUGGUUUCCAUGAUUUCAGAUGGACAACCAUUUCGCUCCAGUCUUAGUCGCCAUAUAUUAACCACACGACGAUGCUAUUGCAUUCUUACCAGGCUUCCAUUUUUUGAACUGCACUUUGGUGUAUUAAAUAGUAUCUUCACUGAAGAAAGAUUGGGACGGUUAACAAAAGGUUUGGAUUUGGAGUUGCCUGAGAGAUAUGGCAAGGAAGGAAAUAUAGAAGAAGGUUUGGGUAUAAUUUCAUUGGAGGAAAGAGCACACAACAUGCUGACUGGAACAAUAGAAACUCCCCAGUUAAGCACAAGUGACUCUACCUCUAGAAGAGUAACAAAUAAUGGGUGUCAGCUUGAGCAUCAAAUACUUGAGGAGAACCUUCACUUGUCGAAGGAAGGCAUCAACGACAAUGCCGUUGUUCCUGCAACAGAGAAGCUUCCAUCGGAAUUAGAACCUGGAAUGCAAAACUCUGAAACUUGUGAUGAUCAUGUUGAUUUGGUAACAAACAAGCAGCCAGUGGAUAGGCAUUUACCGAAUGCUGUUUUGCCCGUUCUGCUGUGUAAACAGAAUGAAAGCUUUGAAUCUUCCUCAAGUUUCUGGGAAUCUCCUAGUGAAGACAGAAAUUUUAGGAGUUACGCCUAUGAAGCAGAGAUGGAAGAGGCGUCCUUCUCUGGCCAGGGACAUUCCAAUGACCACAGUGAUAUUCUUGAAUGGGCUAAGGAAAACAACCAUGGAUCCUUACAAAUAAUAUGCAAGUAUUACCAGUUACAUUGCCCUGCAAGGGGUUCAGAAAUUACAUUCCACCCUUUGGAGCACCUGCAUCCUUUGGAAUAUCAUAGACCUCAUGAGACAGUUCUACAUAUUGCUGGCUCAAAAAUUGAUUUGAAAUCAUGCAGUACAAGUUUGGAAUUAGCAGAGGCACACAGUGCGCUUAUGGCAGAGGAAGAGGCAACUGCUUUAUCAGUAUGGGCGGUUGCUUGCUUAUGUGGCUCCUUGCGACUUGAAAAUGUGUUAACAUUGUUUGCUGGGGCUCUGCUGGAGAAGCAAAUUGUGAUUGUUUGUUCUAAUUUGGGAAUAUUAUCUGCCUCUGUUUUGUCAAUAGUCCCGCUUAUUCGUCCCUAUCAGUGGCAGAGCUUGUUAAUGCCGAUUUUACCAAAUGACAUGCUGGACUUUUUGGAUGCACCUGUUCCAUACAUUGUGGAGGCAUUAUGGUGGAAUGGAUAUGCAAAUGAGAAGGUUGGUGUAAAGAACAAAACCACUGAAGUACAGUCAAGAUUAACGAAUGCCAUUCUUGUUGAUGUAAACAAGAACCAGGUCAGAUCAUCGACAAUACCACAACUACCCCAGCACAGGGAGUUAUUUUCUUCCUUAAGUCCUUACCAUGCAAAACUUGUGGGAGAAAGUUACUUGGGGAGGAAAAGGCCAGUACAUGAAUGUACUGAUGUGCAGGUUGAAGCUGCCCAUGGUUUCCUAGCAGUGUUGAGAUCAUACCUGGACUCUCUUUGCUCUAACCUACGUUCUCACACAAUUACAAAUGUUCAGUCCAAUGAUGAUAAGGUAUCAUUGCUUUUGAAGGAGAGUUUCAUUGAGUCAUUCCCUAGUCGAGAUCGACCUUUCAUGAAGCUUUUUUUGGAUACACAAUUGUUCUCUGUACAUACGGAUCUUGUACUCUCUUUCUUCCAGAAGGAAUAGUGCUGCCAUGCAAGGUUGGCUUGGAAAUGUACAAUUUUGUAGUCCUUUGAAUGCAAGUUCUGUAACUGAUAGUUUUUUCUUAGCAUACACUUUCUUUUUUUGUAAAUAGUGAUUUUUGUGGUGUGUCAUUAAUUUUCUUCUGUUUCCUUCUCUCUCUCCAAUUGUCUCACUGUAAGCAUUAAAACAAUCAAAUAUACAUGUUUUACAGACCUAUUGAACAUCAUUAUUUAGAGUUUUUGGGAUAUGUUGAGGAAAAAGAAAUCGGUGUUUUAUGCCA